AUGGAAGAGGUAAUCGCCGAAAAGGGACCAACGACAGAGAAACCGGUAGCCUGGAAGGAAAAGUGUAGUGCAAUAUCACCAGGUAGGAAAAUCCCAAACAAGCAGAAGGAACCUGGAGCGGUCACAGUCCCAUGCACUAUCAAAGACAGAAAUUUCAAGAAGGUACUAAUUGAUUCCGGAGCUAGUGUGAGUCUAAUUCCAUUGUCAAUCUACCAAAGGCUUGGUAUUGGAAACGUCAGUGAUACAAGGACAAAUCUGCAGUUUGCAGAUCACUCCAUAAAGAAUGCACAUGGGAUAGCAGAAGACGUACUGUUGACAAUAGAACAAUUUAGUUUUCCUAUUAAUUUUGUGAUCAUUGAUAUACCUGAGGAUGAAGAGACACCUAUCAUUCUUGGUCGACCAUUCAUGCGGACAAGUCGGUGUAAAUUCGACAUAGACCACGGUACACUAACUUUAAAAUUUUAUGAUGAUGAAAUAACUUUGAAUGUUCUUAAAAAUAGGAAGCUAGAGGUGGAAAAAGAAUAUCACUAUCAAGUAGGCAUGAACAAGACAGAUGUGAAAGGCCAAAGUGACAUGCCAACAUCAGAAAAAAUCUCAAGAAGGCCAUCUCAACUGGUCUUGCUUCCAUUAGCAACCCCGAGUGGAAAGACUCAUAUUUCCAUUCCAAAAGCCAUGAGAAAGAAGAGAAUGCGAUAA